CUCGGCCUGUUUAUUUCCUGUCAGUGUCAGUCCCGAAAGUAAAAGGAAGCGAAACUGUUACAGUAAAGUCGGCCUGAAGCGCCCGGACACUCCGCCAUGAAGUUCGUGUAUAAACAGGAACAUCCCUUUGAGAAGCGCCGCUCUGAGGGCGAGAAAAUCCGCAAGAAAUAUCCCGACCGAGUCCCGGUUAUUGUGGAGAAGGCGCCCAAAGCCAGAAUAGGAGAUCUGGACAAGAAGAAAUACCUGGUACCCCCCGACCUUACAGUCGGACAGUUUUACUUCCUGAUCAGAAAGAGAAUUCACCUCCGGGCAGAGGACGCUCUCUUCUUCUUUGUCAAUAAUGUCAUCCCCCCAACCAGCGCCACCAUGGGCCAGUUGUACCAGGAGCACCACGAGGAGGAUUUCUUCCUGUAUAUUGCCUACAGUGAUGAGAGUGUAUAUGGCAUGUGAGUGCCCCGCCUCCUCCAGAACCCCUGAGUCCCGCCUCCUCUCUACUUCCUGUUUGUUUCAUUGUGCCCCUGGGGCUGUAUUUGCUUUUUUUGGGGUGGGGGCUGCACUUCCUGCCCCUCUUUCCUUGGCAUUUCCAUAAGGGGGGGGGUAUUUGAUUUUGCCAAGUCCAAUACAGAUACUAAAGAGAUGUUGUGGCCCCAGGGGCCCGAGCCUCCGCUCCUUGUGGAUUUAGACUGUCCCUUUUUCCUGUACAAUCUAAUGGGAUUUUAUUGGAGCACAGAGAUGUGAGGAGUUGUGUGUGGCCCCCGGGGGCCUGAUAGUCAUUUCUAUGUUGUGUGCAGUGAGGAAGGAAAUAAAAAAUUUGUCUCAG